UUACAAUUUGUUAAUUUGUUUGUGUAUUUGUUGUUUCCCAUUAAAUCUGUGAUACUGACUAAAACCUGAGUUCCAUAUGGUACAAUAGAAGUAAACUUCAAAAAUACUGCCUACAAUUGAAGUGAUCGACGUAAAAACUUGUGGGCACCAGUUUGAUAAGAAUGUCGGCAUCUGAAUUUAACACUUACUUUACAGGGAAUGGGACCUACAAGGCUAUAAACCCUAUCGUUUCAAAAAUCGGUGAUUUCACUCCGUUUUACAUAGCCAUUGCAAUUUGCUCGGUGAUCCUCGGCUUUCUUAUUAUACUGAACGUCGUGUGCUCCUGCUCCAGGUACUCGGACUACUGGCUGGACAAACAUACAGGCAAUCGCUGGCUUGUGUCAAUCUGGUCAGCUACACCACACAAACAGCCACCUCUGGACCUCACAGAGCUUGAGAGCAACUUCCAACAAGUUCAUUACGUCCAUCCUUACAGUGAGGAUAGUGAAGAUUACUCCAAAGGCCCUCAACACAACCUGCCUCCGUCGGCAUCUCAGCAGCCGCUAACUUCUUCACAGGAAUAUUUAGAGCUGCAUAAACGAGAAAGUGACAUUUAAUCAUGGCCUUUUUGAUGAUAUAUCCUGCAGUAGCAGUCCUCUCUCUAUUUGUACUCUUGGUGAUAAUAAUUAUUUUAAGAUUCGGAGCACGCUGGUGCAACCUCCGCCAUUCCACACUGGCUGAUCAGGAGUAUUGGAAUGAAGACGAUG